AUGAAAUUUUCAAUAUCGCUUAGUUUCCUGGCUGUAUGCCUUAUGGCAUUUGCGGUCAAUGUUAACGCUAAACAUGUGAGAUAUUAUCAUGAUGGUUAUGAGUUCAGGGGAACAGAAGUUCCUACCGAUGCCACUGAGACCACUGAUGUACCAGAAACCACAGAACCUGUUGAAACUACAGAAGUUCCUGAUCACCGUCCACCGCACCACAAACCACCCCAUCAUGGUCCUCCACAUCAUAAACCUCCCCACCAUGGUCCCCCAAACCAUGGUCCUCCAAAUCAAGGACCUCCAAAUCACCAUGAACCCGGUAACAAUGCUCCUGGCCACCAUGUUCCCGACCAAUUGAAUAUUAAAGAAAUUGAUAGCUUUGUUGAACAUUUAAUGGAUACCGUGGGUCAAAUAAUUGAAUCAGUGAUCGAUGCAGUGCACUCUGGAAAACCUCUAGAAAUUCAAGAUGGAGAACACCACUAUAGACCUCAUCCACAUUUCCCUCACGACAACAAACAUGAGGGAUCUGGCGAAGAUAAUCACAGGGAUCCACAUGAGGGAUCUGAACAUCACCACGAGGAUCAUGAGGGAUCUGAAGAAGAUAAUCACGAGCAACAUCCCGACAAGGAAGAUCGUCCUGAAAAAGAUAAUCACGGACAUCACCACGAGGAUCAUGAAGGACCCGAGAAUGAUGGCCAUGGUCCAGAACAACCCAACCACAAAGACGAAAAACCUGUAGGAGAUAAUCACGAUCCAGAACACGAAGACCACGAGCAUUCACAUGAGGGAUCUGAAGAAGAUAAUCACGAGCAACAUCCCGACAAGGAUGAUCGUCCUGCGAAAGAUAAUCACGGACAUCACCACGAGGAUCAUGAAGGACCAGAGAAUGAUGGCCAUGGUCUAGAACAACCUAACCACAAAUAUGAAAAACCUAUAGUAGAUAAUCACGAUCCAGAACACGAAGACCACGAGCAUUCACAUGAGGGAUCUGAAGAAGAUAGUCACGAACAUCCCCACGAGGAUCAUGAAGGACCCGUGGAAGAUGGUCAUGGUCCAGAAGAACCCAACCACCAACACGAAAAACCUGUUGACGACAAUUACAAACCAGAACACCACAAACAUGAAGAGGCCGAAGAAAGUAAUCACAAACCAAAACAACCCAACCAUCAACACGACAAACCUGAAGAAGAUAACCACGGUCCAGAAGAACCCAACCACAAACCCGAAGAACCUAAGGAGGAUAAUCAUAAACAAGAACAACCCAACCACCAACACGAAAAACCUGAAAAAGAUAGCCACGACCCAGAACCACCCAAACACAAAAAACCUGAAGAAGAAGAUAACCAUGACCCAAAACAACCCAACAAUAAACAUGAAGAGCCUAAGGAGGAUAAUCAUGAUCCAGAACAACCCGACCAUAAACACGAGGGGUCCGAGGAGGAUAAUCACAUUCCUGAACAUCCAAAGGAAUCGGAUGAAAAUAAACAUGAUAAUCUCAUUCCAGAACAUCCCAAAGACAAGGAAACACAUUAA